GCGGCCCCCAGAGAGUGCCGCGAGCGUCCCGGUUGGUGAAACGCCGGUGGCCGCUGUGGGAGCGGGUGGGAUCGGCGGCCUCGUCUUCCCGGAGCUCGUUCGGGCGUUUCGGCUGCAGGUAGCACGGUUCUUGUGCCCGGGAGGCCCUGGUUUCGGUGCAGGUGGGGCUGCAGAAGGCCUGGGCCCGUGGGCAGGAGGCAGCCGGCGACGCCAUGGUGACAGAGCAGGAGGUGGAGGCAAUCGGGCAGAUGCUGGUGGACCCCCAGCAGCCCCUGCAGGCCCGCUUCCGGGCACUCUUCACCCUCCGCGGGCUCGGUGGUCCCGGAGCCAUCACCUGGAUCAGCCGGGCCUUUGGCGACGACUCUGCCCUGCUCAAGCACGAGUUGGCUUACUGCCUGGGCCAGAUGCAGGACUCCCGGGCCAUUCCCGUGCUGCUGGAUGUGCUGCGUGACACCCGCCAGGAGCCCAUGGUGCGCCACGAAGCGGGCGAGGCCCUGGGGGCCAUCGGGAACCCAGACGUCCUGGAAGUCCUGAAGCAGUACUCCACCGACCCUGUCAUCGAGGUGGCCGAGACGUGCCAGCUGGCUGUCCAGCGGCUCGAGUGGCUGCAGCAGCACCACGGGGAGCCGGCGGUGGCCGGGCCCUACCUGUCCGUGGACCCUGCUCCUCCAGCCGAAGAGCGUGACGUGGGGCGGCUGCGGGGGGUCCUGCUGGACGAAGCCCAGCCACUCUUUGACCGCUAUCGAGCCAUGUUCGCCCUGCGGGAUGCCGGCGGCAAAGAGGCUGUGUUGGCGCUGGCCGAGGGCCUGCACUGUGGCAGCGCCCUCUUCCGCCACGAGAUCGGCUACGUCCUGGGCCAGCUGCAGCACGAGGCGGCCGUGCCCCAGCUGGCGGCGAGCCUGGCCCAGCGGGCCGAGAACCCCAUGGUGCGGCACGAGUGCGCCGAGGCCCUGGGAGCCAUCGCCCGGCCCGCCUGCCUGGCCGCCCUGCGGGCCCACGCGGCCGACCCCGAGCGCGUGGUGCGAGAGAGCUGCGAGGUGGCCCUGGACGUGUACGAGCACGAGGCCGGGUCGGCCUUCCAGUACGCCUCUGGGCUGGAGCAGCUGCGCGCGCGCCGCUCCUAG